AUGCCAGAACGAUGCACACGGUCGCAACAGGAGCCUCUCCUAGAGAGCGCAAAUGCUACGGAGAUGGAUAUAGAUAUCGAGACUCUCCGCUCCUGGAGGCACGUCUCCUCUAAUCUGCAUGGGCACACCGCUUCAGCAAGAGCGAACAGCGAGUCAAGCAUCAGCGAAAAACAGCAAAUUGGCGGCCGGACUGUGUCAUUGCUUCAUCCUCGCACCUGGACGCGGAAGAGCAUAUUUAUCGCUGCGGUCGUAUUGGCUCUUAUCUGCAUUGUACCAGCUAUUGCUGUUCCUAUGGCCCUAUACAUUAAUGCGAGUACUGCUACGCCGAGUGCUCCGCUAGCUAACGGCACCGCGCUACGUGUAAUGCCGUUGGGUGCGUCUAUCACAUUUGGCUACCUGUCAAGCGACGGCAAUGGUUACCGCCAGACACUGCGCAGGGCGCUAACCCACCGGGGUAACGCCAUUAACAUGGUUGGCAGCCGCCAAAACGGUACCAUGGACGACAAUGAUGUCGAGGGAUGGCCCGGUCUGCGCAUUGAGCAAGUCCACGCCAAAGCCGACCUAUCCGUGCCGACCCUAAAGCCUAAUGUUGUUCUUGUCAAUGUUGGCACUAACGACUGCUUGCAAAACUUUAACAUUUCUAGUGCUGGAGACCGCAUGAACGCCCUUAUUACCGAUGUGCUGGCCAUGUCACCGCGGGCGGCCUUUGUCCUCAGCACUCUCAUUAUCAACGCCGACGUCGACGUUGAUGCGCGUGCACAAACCGUCAACGCUGCCUUUCGAACCCUAGUAACCAGUCUUCAGUCUGUCGGUGUUCCCAUUGUACUGGCCGAGAUGCGCGGAGACAAUGGUCUACAGCUUAACGAGAUGGCUGAUCAGACACACCCUAAUGACGAGGGCUACUCUAAGAUGAGCACUAUCUUCGUCGCAGCUAUAGAAGAUCUUAGCAAUCGGGGCUCUAUCCAGACGUCGGAGGACAAUGGGUUGCCAGAUGCUGGAGUUGCCGCACAGUAG